UUUUGUUGACCGUCCUCUGUAGCAGCUUGUGCUGUCUUAUCUAUACAUUUACACUUGUUGAACAACAUGAAACAACUUCAGCACAUUAUUUCUUUCGUAGCCCACUAAAGGAGUUCAACACCACAAACUCUGUGGAGCCGCAGCGAUGUCAGUAAACCGAUGUUUGUCUCUGUUUUCUCGGCUUCAGCGCCACAUUAACCCCCGGACUGCCCGUUUCUCUGCUGGUAGCUGUCAUGUGUCCCCCAGGUUUGGUUUGUUACACCAGGAAAACCAGGCUGGUUUGGUUUACAGCAGAAAUGCUUCAUCUAACAGUUCAUCUGCUAAACCUCCGGACACCUCUCUGUUUGUGCCUGUGUCUCUGAAGUCUGACAGCUCAGAUGAUGGAGGUGUGGGAGCGGAGCUGACCCAGCCGCUGGAUAAAAAUGAGCUGCUGAAAAUUCUCAACAGAUUUUACAAAAGGAAGGAGAUGCAGAAACUGUCAGCAGACAGUGGCCUGGAUGCUCGUCUGUUCCACCAGGCAUUCAUUAGCUUCAGGAAAUAUGUCCUAGAAGUGACAUCACUCCCUGCUGAUCUACACAUCAUGCUCAGUGACAUCUGCUACGGAGCAGGUCAUAUAGAUGACAUCUACCCGUACUUUAUGCGUCAUGCCAAACAAAUCUUCCCUAUGCUGGACUGUAUGGAUGACCUGAGGAAGAUCUCAGACCUCAGGGUCCCAGCUAACUGGUACCCAGAGGCUCGUGCCAUUCAAAGGAAGAUAGUUUUCCAUGCUGGUCCCACCAACAGUGGGAAAACCUACCAUGCAAUCCAGCGCUACCUGGCUGCCAAGUCUGGAGUCUACUGCGGCCCGCUGAAGCUGUUGGCCCACGAGAUCUUUGAGAAGAGCAACAGUGCUGAUGUACCAUGUGACUUGGUCACUGGAGAGGAGAGGACCUUUGUGAACCCAGAGGGUCACGCGGCAGGUCAUGUGGCCUGUACCAUUGAGAUGUGCAGUGUUUCAACGCCGUAUGAAGUGGCUGUGAUUGAUGAAAUUCAGAUGAUCAGAGAUCCUUCCAGAGGCUGGGCCUGGACCAGAGCAUUACUGGGUCUGUGUGCAGAUGAGAUCCACGUGUGUGGUGAGCCUGCAGCCAUAGAGUUUAUCAGGGAGUUGAUGUACACGACAGGAGAGGAGGUGGAGGUCCACACCUACCAGCGCCUAACUCCCUUCACAAUCCUGGAUCAUGCUGUGGAGUCGUUAGACAACUUGAGACCGGGAGAUUGUAUCGUCUGUUUCAGUAAAAAUGAUAUUUAUUCCAUCAGCAGGCAGAUUGAGGCCAGAGGACAAGAAUGUGCUGUAAUCUAUGGAAGUUUACCCCCAGGCACUAAGCUGUCACAGGCUAAGAAGUUUAAUGACCCUGAUGAUCCCUGCAAGAUCCUGGUUGCUACUGAUGCCAUUGGAAUGGGCCUUAACCUGAGUAUUAAACGUAUCAUCUUCAACAGUCUGAUUAAGCCAAAUGUAAAUGAGAAAGGAGAGAAACAGAUGGAGACCAUCAGCACAUCACAAGCUUUGCAGAUAGCGGGCCGAGCAGGAAGGUUCUCCUCCAAGUUUAAAGAGGGAGAGGUUACCACCAUGCACAGGGACGAUCUGCCUGUUCUGAAGGAACUACUCAGCCACUCUGUAGACCCCAUAGAGACUGCAGGUCUACAUCCUACAGCGGAGCAGAUCGAGAUGUUUGCCUAUCAUCUACCUGAUGCUACUCUGUCAAACCUCAUUGACAUCUUUGUAAGCCUUUCUCAGGUGGACGGUCUGUACUUUGUCUGCAACAUCGAUGACUUCAAGUUUCUGGCUGACAUGAUUCAGCACAUCCCGCUCAACCUGAGGUCACGCUAUGUCUUCUGCACAGCUCCCAUCAACAAGAAACAACCUUUUGUGUGUACCUCCUUCUUAAAGUUUGCACGUCAAUUCAGUCGAGACGAGCCGCUGACGUUUGACUGGGUCUGUCGACAUAUUAGCUGGCCUCUGGCUGACCCCAAAAACAUCAAAGACCUGGUUCACCUGGAGGCUGUUCAUGAUGUGUUGGAUCUUUACCUCUGGUUAAGCUACCGUUUCAUGGACAUGUUUCCAGACACAGCCUUUAUUCGAGAAAUCCAGCGGGAACUUGAUGACAUCAUCCAACGGGGUGUCCAACACAUUACCCGUCUCAUCAAGGCCACGGACCCGACCAUCGCUGUGCACACACAGAGCAGCAGAAAUGGACAGGCAGGCAGUAAUAGUGGUGCCUUCAGCAAUAACUACUCGAGCAGCAGAAGUCAAAGGGAACAAGGAGGCUCUGGAGAAAUGAUGGGCAGUCCUCUUGCCAGUCGGCUGGUCAGAGAUGGGUUGUUAACCCCUGAUCUGCUCCGGCAGCUGCAGCAGGAGUGGUCAGAAGACAGGAAUCUGGAGCCAAGCACUCAGAGCACACUCCAUACAGACAGAUCGAAUAGAAACAACAAAGGGAAAGGAAGAAAGAAAAAGAAAUGAAGAGGGAAACAAUGACAUUCAUGAGAUGUUCAUUACUGAAGAUGUUUCCACAGAGAAAAUGAAUUGGACUUUCUGUAACCACAUAUGUUAUCUAUACUUGGGAUAAAAUCAACUAAUUUGUUUGAAAAUAACUAGUACUUGAAGCAUUCAAAUUGGAUCUGUACAGUGUAAGCACUAAAAUAUAUUUUCAAAAUAAUGUGACACUGAAACAACGUUAGUGUGUUUGAUCUUGAUCAUCUAAAAUCUAAGGCUGAGAUUAUCAUCAGAAACUGUUACCAAAAGGACUCUAAAAAUGUUUUCCUACAUAUGUACAAAUAGUAACCAGUGGUAUAUGGAGGAGUUAUACUUGGAAUUUAACCCCCUAAUGUUUAAAGUACCCCUCCCAGUAAAGUAAACUACUGUUAAAAUCAAAUGCAUGUAAGACCCUGUUGCUUAUUCAGUACGUCUAAAAAUGGGCCUUUAGUAUUUAUACUGUCACUUCUGCUACUGCUCCAAGGAGUACAAAUAAGUGUGAAAUUAACGGCCCAAAAAGACUUUAUGAUUGCUACUGGCCCACAGACGAUAGAGCGAGACAACUAUAUGAACAUGUAUUUUGAGUGAACUAGUCUGUAUUCCUCAGCAGUGUUGAGGGGAGAGGGCUACAAGCAAAGCACUACUGUACUUUGAUUAGUUUUUGUUGCCUCUGCUAUCAAAGAAGAGGGAGUUUUGAAGUGAGUAUACUAUAAGAAGACCUAAAAAAAUGAGUGUAUACUCUAUAUACAUAUGUAUAUCCUACACUUCACCAGUGAUUGGAGCAAAUGCUGCAAAGAAAUUCCAGUGAAUGGGGGUAAGAGUCAGCGACUGGCUUGGACUUAUUCCACAUUUGUUCUGCAAAGAAUGACUCAGAAUUACUUUGGCCUAAUGAUAAACAAUACAAUAGCAAAAUUAACAGCAGAUUAUCAAGAACUGUGGAUUUCACAAAUGUUUGAGUGGAGCUUCACUGUGUCAUAGAUGCUGUUGUAGAAGCAUUUUGACCAGGGGACCUUUUAAAAUGUAAUCAUUGUAUGUUCGGGGUUUAAAAUCAGUUCACUAUGAUUUUGCUCUGUGUACUGCACAGUAAAACAUCCAAAUAACCUGAGUUGGAUAUGUUAGUGUUAAACAGAUCUGAAAAGAGGUGCUGAAAUAAGUGCAGCACUGUUAGUAUGCGUACAGAUGAGAUACUUUAUUUUUUGUUUAUA